CAAACUCUCUCCCAAAUUUCUCCACCCCUGAUAAUCCACACCACUUCAACUCUGCCACUCCUCUCUUUUUUAUAUAUCAAAAGCAUCAAAAGGAAAGCGUGUGUGUUCAAACUUCAAACUUCAAAAACCAAACCCAAAUUUCCAUAUAUAUAACAAUAUUCAAGUCCCAAGCUGAGAAAAUACAAAUUCAAAGUUCAUUGCUUUGGGACAGGCUUUCCUGGAAUCUCCCCAUUAGAUUUUCUCAAACAAUGUGGAACUCUAACAUGUUGAGUGUCAAGACCAACAUGUUCUUCUUACUGUUUCUGGUUUCAUGGCUCUCUUCUGCUUUAGCCUCUGUUGGUUAUGAUCACAGAGCUAUUAUAGUCAAUGGAAAAAGAAGGAUUCUCAUGUCUGGGUCUAUUCACUACCCCAGAAGCACACAUGAGAUGUGGCCGGAUUUGAUUCAGAAGGCCAAAGAUGGAGGCUUGGAUGUGAUACAGACCUAUGUGUUCUGGAACGGGCAUGAACCAAGCCCAGGAAAAUAUUAUUUUGGGGAUAGAUAUGAUCUGGUCAAGUUCAUCAAGCUGGCACAGCAGCACGGCCUAUAUGUUCAUCUCCGGAUUGGUCCUUAUAUCUGUGCUGAAUGGAAUUUUGGAGGAUUCCCUGUUUGGCUGAAAUAUGUUCCCGGAAUUGCUUUCAGAACAGACAAUCGUCCUUUCAUGGCAGCAAUGGAGAAGUUUACGCAGAAAAUUGUUUAUAUGAUGAAAGCAGAAAGGUUGUUCCAAACUCAGGGAGGUCCUAUAAUACUGUCACAGAUAGAAAAUGAAUUUGGACCGGUAGAGUGGGAAAUUGGUGCACCUGGUAAAUCUUAUACUCAGUGGGCAGCUAAAAUGGCUGUGGGUCUCAACACUGGGGUUCCAUGGGUUAUGUGCAAGCAAGAAGAUGCCCCUGAUCCAAUCAUCGAUACUUGCAAUGGCUUCUACUGUGAAAACUUCACUCCAAACAAGAACUAUAAGCCCAAAAUGUGGACAGAAGUCUGGACUGGCUGGUAUACAGAAUUUGGUGGGGCAGUCCCUACUAGACCUGCACAGGAUUUGGCAUUUUCAGUUGCAAGGUUUAUACAAAAUGGCGGUUCUUUUGCCAACUACUACAUGUACCAUGGAGGAACGAAUUUUGGCCGAACUGCUGGCGGUCCCUUCAUUGCUACUAGCUAUGAUUAUGAUGCACCUCUAGACGAAUAUGGACUACCAAGAGAACCAAAAUAUAGCCAUUUGAAAUAUCUGCACAAAGCCAUCAAGUUAGCUGAGCCAGCUUUAGUUGCUACUGAUGCUGCAGUGUCAAAACUUGGAAAUAAUCAAGAGGCUCAUGUAUACCAGUCAAGAUCAGGUUGUGCCGCAUUCCUUGCAAAUUAUGACACAAAGUACUCUGUGAAAGUGACUUUUUGGAAUAAGCAAUAUAACCUGCCACCUUGGUCCAUAAGCAUUCUUCCUGAUUGCAAAACUGAAGUAUUCAACACUGCACGGGUUGGCCAGAGCCCGCCAACAAAGAUGACACCAGUAGCUCACCUAUCUUGGCAAGCCUACAUUGAAGAUGUUGCCACUUCUACUGAUGACAGUGCAUUUACAUCAGUUGGACUUCGUGAGCAAAUAAGUGUCACCUGGGACUCCACAGACUACUUGUGGUACAUGACAGAUAUCACAAUAGGUCCUAAUGAACAAUUUUUAAGAACUGGAAAGUACCCCACUCUCAAAGUCGAUUCAGCUGGGCAUGCCUUGCAUGUUUUCAUCAAUGGUCAACUAUCAGGAUCUGCUUAUGGAUCAUUGGCCUCCCCCAAGUUAGAAUUUAAUCAGGGUGUGAAGCUGAGAGCUGGCAUUAACAAGCUUGCAUUACUUAGCUCUUCAGUUGGUCUGCCGAAUGUUGGUCUGCACUUUGAGAAAUGGAAUGCUGGAGUUCUCGGGCCAGUCACAUUGUCAGGAGUGAAUUCAGGAACAUGGGAUAUGUCACGGUGGCGAUGGACCUACAAGAUUGGUAUGAGAGGUGAAGAUAAGAGCCUCCAUUCUAUUAGUGGAAGUUCUUCUGUUGAAUGGGUACAAGGAUCACUAUUGGCUCAAAGCCGACCCCUUACAUGGUACAAGGCUAUUUUAAAUGCACCACCAGGAAAUGCACCAUUAGCUUUAGAUAUGGGUAGCAUGGGAAAGGGUCAAAUGUGGAUUAAUGGUCAGAGCAUCGGACGCCAUUGGCCGGCAUAUAUAGCACACGGGAGUUGUGGUGCUUGUUAUUAUGCUGGAACUUAUACUGAAAACAAAUGCCGAACAAAUUGUGGCCAGCCCUCUCAGAGAUGGUACCAUGUUCCCCGCUCAUGGUUGAAGCCAAGUGGGAAUUUAUUGGUUGUGUUUGAAGAAUGGGGCGGUGAUCCGUCAAAGAUUGCUUUGGUUGCAAGAAGUUGAGUUUGUGAAGUUUCUGUAGGAGAUCGUGCAGCUUUGAAGAUUACAGCAAUAAUGAAGUCUCAUAUUAAUUACGGCUUCAAUACAUAUAUAAGCCUUUACAACCAUAGCCAAUUGUAAAUACUAAAUAGUGAAAAUGUUUGGUCAUAUACAUAUAUAGCCACAUAGGUAUUGUAUACUAGGUCUACAUGCAAAGAUAUGUAUUCCUUAAAUAUGCGCAAGCAUUUUCUGUAUCUGUAUAGAAGUGUGGAAGAGCAAAGCAAGUUCUUUUUUCUUGUACCAAUAAAUUGAGAAAUUAAUAGAGCCUACUUUUGAA